CAGCAUACUUCUCAUAACUUCUUGUUGCAAGGCUUAAAAAAAUAAAACGAACUUCUACGACCACUCACAAUUGUUCACAUUUCAGUCAUGGUUGAAAACUUGCUUCAUGUUGUUGGUGCAUGGGGUGUAUUUGGCAUCAUGGUCGCUAUUCUACUCGGUUUCUCCAUAUUUUUCACAGUAUACUAUUCCAGCGCAAGAGACAGAGAGCCAUUCGCUAUGAUCAUCACCAUCCUUGCUCUUACACUCUGUCUCUCAACUGUUACCCUCUUUCCAAUUGACAUCUUCUUGGUCUCGCGGACUUUGGACCCUGCAACAGGGCUUAGACGUCCCUGGGCUACGGACGAAGUUAUAGCCAGCAUGCAACUUGUCGUAAGCGUCGUCUACUAUGUCGCAUAUGGCCUGAUUGCAAGCUUCUGCUUUUUUUGGAUCCCACUUGCAUAUUUCUACUUUGAGGAAUUCGAAGAGGACCAAACAGUGCAGCGACGACUGAUGGCCUCUCUCAAGUACACAGCCUUUUUUAUCGUCAUUGCCUGUAUUUUAUUGGUGACAGGUCUAUUCAUCAAGCCCAAUGAUCAUGAUAACAGAGAUCUUGAAUGGCUUCGGAAAAUACUAGCUGCUUUGGAUGGACCUGGUGCGCUCGCGUUUGUCGCAGGAGUGUUGUCCAUUAUCGGGAUGUUAGUUCUUGUCUUUUACACGGCACCAGGACUUUCCUUGCUACCUAUGCAUCUAUUAGCUGGCUACCAAUCCAUCUCAGCAAAGGUCAAUGAAACUAAUGCAGAAUUAAUUGCGAAUAGAGAACGACUCAACGCCAUCAGGAACCGUUAUCCCCCUACAAGCAACUGUGAGAUUUCAGAACGUGAUCGUCUUGCGAUCAAUGAACUUGAAAGAGAGGAGCUGAUCCUGGAGAGCCGGUCGAGAAUGGUGCAGAGGACUAGAGAUAGUUGGGCAAACAAGUGUCAUUGGAUUGUCCGGCCAUUUGAGAUUGUAUUGGGACUUGCAGCGACAACCCUUACUAUACUGCUGAUCACGUCUAUCGCCAUCACAACGCUUGAUAACCUGAAAGAGGAGGGCUGCGGAGCUCCAUGUGGAUAUAUUCUGACACAUCCAAACCUCCCUAAUCCUCUCAACUUACUUUUCUUGGAACUGUCUCCAUUCUUUCCUGUUGACUACAUCUUAAUGUUAAUGAUCAUUCUCUACAUGUUCUGGGCCACUACCAAGGGCAUCAUAUCCAUCGGUAUUCGAUUUCUAUGGGUUAAUUUGUACAAGUUCCGAAGAGCCGCAACACAGCCACAAGGCUUGUUAGCAGCCACCAUGCUCCUGAUGCUUAGUCUUACAGGAAUGUACUAUUCACUUACUAUGACUGUUGCCCCUGAUUACUCAAUGUUUGGUAGUCAAAAAUAUUGCAACCACACUAUCACUAAUUCAACUAGAGACUGCAGCGACUAUCCUACAUUGAUCAUUCCAUGCCAUAUUGGUGCUCCUAUUGAACUCUGCACUCCAACUGUCACUUCAUCAAUUGUUUUGAAGAUUAUUCUGGGAACACCAGGACUUGGCAUUGCAUUCUAUUACACUCAAUGGCUACUCUUACUCGUAUUCGUAGGAGCUCUAGUAUUUAAUCUAGUACAAGGUUGCAGACAUGGAUUUGGAGUAGAUCCUGCUCUGGAAGACGGGGAAGAUAUGGAUGAUAUCGAAUCUAGGGGCUUAUCCAUCUUCACCGGGAACUGCGACGAAUAUUCCUUAAGAAUGGCAAUCGCUUGAAUAACCUGGAAGCCCCAGCAUGCACUUAAAAAAUGGGCAUUUUAACAACUUGACUUCAGACCUCUUUAAUCCAUGUUGCGGAUAAACAGAAGUAUUUUCAUAUAUAGUGCUCCCAUUCAUUA